CAUCCCAAAAGUCAUUACAAUCAAGAUUUCUAACACAUGGUACUAGGGUUCUUCAUACCCAAGUGAGAGAAAGGUUUACUCCAUAGAGAGAGGAAAACAAAAAUCAAAGCAGUCAUACUCAUAAAGAUGGGAAUAAUCUGCGUUGGGAUGUCAAUCUUCACUUCUAGAGACGCAAUCCGGGUUUCAAUGGUGAGAAAUCCACUCCAAAUAGCUCAUAGCGUUUGUUCUUUGACACUUUCUCUCUCCAGAACUCAGUUUUUGCUCUAAAAUGUCGACCCCCCUCUUUAGCUCGAAUCCGCCUGUUUAACCCAACACUGCGUGAAACACGGUCGGAAACACGGUCGUGUUCUCCCCGUGUCCGCCCAUGUUUUGACCAGGUCACGUGGAAAAUUUAAACUGGGGCGGAUACUUCCACGGUCGCUUCCAGGAAAUACGAUCGUGUUCAAGGUGGAACACGAUCGUGUUCUUCUCCAGACUUGCCCGUGUUUUCCUCUUCCCGUGUUUUGCCCGUGUUUAAAUAAAGAAAGGGCUUGGAUUAGGGUACGAAACCAAAUAACUUUUUAGUCCUACAAACCUAUAUGAAUGGUUAAACAUUGAGAGAGAAUAUAUCCAAUGACCAUCUUUGUAGGGGUAAAGGGGAGAGAGGCUGACCAAAUUUGAGUGGCAGCUGAUAAGAUUUUAAGAGACUAGCGCAUAUUCUUAGGUGGCAGUUAAACCUUUUUCAAAUCUCUUACAAAAUUCAACGGAUCCUACGUCAUUCUUUUUACAUCGAAUUUCAAAAAAAUUUGCAUAGAAAAAUAAGAUUUUUGUGUUAUACAAGAUGCUACCGAUUUUUAAUAUUUUUUUUGGAACAAAAAAAUUUCAGGUCAUCAUACCACUGUCAUACUCAUAUAACGAUAUUAUCAUUGACAGUGAUAUGAUAUCAUAGUGGUAAUAUCAUGAUAUUAUCACAAUAUCAUACUAAUAAUUUGAUAUGAUAUUGGUAUGAGAUCUUCUGUUUGACAAAUCAUAACAAAAUGAAUAUAAUUAUGCAGAUAUUAAUUAAUGAUGACGAGCGAUGAUAUGAUGUUGGUAUGAGGUCUUACAUUGGACAAAAUAAUUUGAUAACAUCAUAUCAAUGUGUUACAUCAUGAUAUUAUCAAGAUGUUACAUUGAUAAUAUAUAUCAAGAUACGACAAUAAUAUGAUAUUGAUAUAAGGUCUUAUGUUUGACAAAAUUACAUACAAAAUGGGUAGCAUUGUGUAGAUGUUAAUUAAUGUGUUCAUUCUAUACAAUUUUAUUUUAAAUUUUAAGUUAAAAUAAAUUAGAUGUGUCAUAAUACGCGACUGUCAUAUCAUGAUUAUAUGAUAGAUAUGACAGUGAUAAUACCACAAAUGCAACUAAUUUUGAAAAUUUUAAUUUUUUUUGGUAAAAAUAUAGCAAAAUGGAUAUCGUUGUGUACAUCAUAAUUAAUGCGUUCUUUCUAUGUGAUUUUUUUAAAAUUUUGACUUAAAACAAAUGCUAUAGAAUCCGCUUAUAAAAACAAGGGAUUAGAAAAAAUGUUUUCUCUCUCCUCUGGAAUCUAUGUAGACUGUCAGUGCUGAAAAGGAAAAACAAUGGGAACAUGGUGGCAGAAUUAUCUGUUCACCACUAUUAGUUUCUUUUCGUUACGAAUCAAUCUGGAUCAAUAGAUGGGGAAUGGGGUGAAGGUGGGUUAUGAGGUUUUGUAGUGAGUUUGUUGGAUAUGAUUUUGUAUCCUGUCAUUGUCAUGAACCAGUUGCUCCCAAUAACUCGAGUUAUUGGGAGAAGGUUAUACUGGAUCAUAUACCACUCUAUAACACGCCCCCUCAAACGAAAGCCGACUCAUGGGCUUGAAGUUUGCACAUGUCCACUAUACCUGUGCUUGAAGACAACUGUUAAUAUUGGAGGUCAGGGAGAUUCGAAUAUACGACCACUUGGCCAAACCAGCUCUGAUAUCAUGUCAUGAACCAGUUGCUUCCAAUAAUUCGAGUUGUUGGGAGAAGAUUAUGCUGAAUCUUGUACCACUCUCUAACAGUCAUUCCCAUAAGAACACGUUAAUCGAGACAUUUUACCACAAUAUUUCGUGGAACAUGACUGAGAUUAUGCAUGAUGAUUAGAUGCGACAAAUAGAUUGGAUUCAUGGAUUGGUGGUUUUUCCCCCAGUGAUUUUUGAUUAAGGGAUUAAAUCAUGGAUCCAAGUGACAUCUAAAUGUUAGACCAAUAUGUAAAAUUUAGAAAGUUUAGGUACAAAAGUGUCAUAAUAAAAAAAAAUUAAGCUACCAAUACUCCAGGUACUCGUAGUGAGAUAUCUCUACCUAGGCCAUGAAUCAAACCGAGUUUAGGGUAUGAUACUAUACCCUAAUCCGGAACGGAUAAACCCCCAACCUUGAUUAUCUAAACUCAAAACCGAAGUUCAAUUUAAUUGAAAAUAAUAAUUGACCGUUGAGAUUGGUCAGAGGUCAUCGAAAUGCAUCUAACGGUCAAAUCACGUGGAGUAUGGGAUACUCCCUGGAGUAUACCCGUCAUUACCAUUUGAAAUAUAUUAAGUUUAUAAUUAUUUUAAGAAAUGAAAAUCAGAAGAAAGGAGAUACCAUUGGAUUAAAAAUUAGUAAAAGAAAAGAAAAGAAAAAACGUUUUCAUGUCUACUAUUACACUUGUCAACAUUGUGAAUGAAAGAAGUUUUAUAUAGUCGAAGCGAUCGAACCGUAGAAAGAAAUUAAACACUGGCAAAACGGGGGAAAGUUAAUAUGCUAACUUGAAGAUUCGUUAGCAGAUACUAACUGAUAUCCAAAAUACAUGAACUAGUAUCCAUGUACUAAAGUAUCUAUAGAGCACAGACUAGUAUUCAAGGUUUGCUAACUGAUAUCCACAAUGAAUCAACUAUUAUCCAAAAUUCACAAACUAAUAUCUAGACAACACAGAAUAGUAUUCAUACAACACAUAAUAGUAUCCAAACAACACAUAAUUAGUAUCCAGAUAACACAUAAGAGUAUCCAUAUUGAAUACUAGUUGGUUGAUUGUGGAUAUUAGUUGGUAUAUGCUAUCUGGAUACUAGUUUUGUGAUGUUUUGAACACUAGUCUGUGCUAUCUAGAUAUUCAGCAGAUUUAGAUAUUAGUUCAUACAUUUUGGACAUUAAUUAAUAUAUACUAAUGAAUCUUAAGUUAGCAAAAUAACUAUGCUGAAACGAUAAUAUCAUUGGGCAACUGAAAUGGCUCAUACUUAAACGGUGAAUACAGAUUGAUCACAUUCCCACUUUCCGCAUGACUUGACUAGUUGACUUGGCACCAUAUGUGCUCGAUCUGCAUGCUUUCUUGAAUCUUAUUUAAGUUUCUGGAGUCGACUAGCUAGCUAUCUAGAAAUUCAACCCACACAAUUAGUAUUGAUCGUAUCCACACCUAAUUAACCACACGUUACAAAACAAGACAUCGAUGGCGGCGCCCCCCGGCAGAAUAGCGGUAGCAGCGGAGCUCCAAGUGAAGCUGGUGGGCGGCCACUUUGCGCCGUGCUUCCUGCUCCCGGCGACGGCAACGAUCCUGGACGUGAAGCUGCUCUUCCACAACACGUACGGGAUAUCCCUCUCCAGGCUGAGCGUGUCCCUCCUGACCCGGCCGGGCGUCGGCCUCACGGACGACAGCGUUCUGCUCCACCUCAUCGUCCACGCGGGGAACAACCUCCGCUUCGCCAGCCCCCACACCCACAUCGUCUUCCAUCUCGCCGUCGCUCCUCGUGCGGGUCCCAUCGCGGUCACCGUGACGCAGUCGGAGGAGCUCCCUCCUCCCCACAUGGCCGGCUACUUCAGGCGGAUGCGGCCGGCGGAGAUCCAGUGCCCGUCGGAGAGCAUCACGUGCUGGGAGCUGAUGCAGCUGGUCGGCCGCGCUUGGGGGCUGCACACCCACGAGUUCAGGCUCUACUAUGCCGGGAUGGAGCUGACGCCGUAUCUCAUGCUGGAUCGUUACUACAUCACUCACAACUCGGUCAUUGAGGCCCAAGUCUCUCAGAUUUACAUGACUGGAUAGUUCUUGGUUCAUUAGUUUGGCGGGCCGGGCUUUCUUAAUUAAUAUAAUAUAAUAAUUGUGGUUGUGGGCUCACCAUCUCUACUCUUAACGUUGGUGGGUUGCUAUAGUUACCUAUACGUACGUAUUUAACUAUUAGUCUCUAAUUAAUUGGUGUUUGUUGUGUGUAUGUUGGAUGUUCGAUUGGGAAUUCUAAGCUUCGUCAAUGAGUACUAUUAUAUGUUAAUUUUUCUAUACUAUAAGAUUAUACAUAAAGCAAUAUACGAGAUGUUUGUCCCGAAUAUCACAAUAAAACCCCCCAAUUAAUACUCAAGUAUAAACGUUAACGGGUGUAAUAUAGAGCAAGUAUGUUUUAAUAGUCAAACUCGGACCCGUCCAUGUAUUCCUACUUCAAUCGCUUAAGUUGUUAUUUAGCAGACAUGUUGGGUUUAAAACUAAGAAAACUAUAAAAUAAACAAACCAGUAAAGUAAAUCGAGGUUGUCCUAAUGUGAGAAGAAUUCACCCGGGUAUUGCUCCCCCUAGCUACAUAUCAGAGGAUCGACCAAAUCGAAUGCAAAUGUGUGAAGGUGUGUUCAUACACCCUUAGGAGGGCGCAACAACAAGUGAAGGAAACCUCACUCUCUUAAUCAAUCAGUUAAGUAAAAAAAAUUAAGCUAGGAACCUUAGCUCUCUCAAUCAAUGGAUUCAGGAUGGCUACAAUAAACUAGGAAGUCUAGCUCUCUUAACCAAGGAUUGCAACAAUAGGCUAGGAGUCCUAGUUCUCUUAACCGAUCAACUAAGGGUUGCAAGAACCAAUCCCUCGGAACUUAAUCCGGACGGCAAAAUAACACCCAGGUUAAAGUGUUAAAUUGAAGUUUGAGGUUUGUCCUAAUUCGUCCUAGGUAGGUGGCUCAAUUGGUCAAGAAAUCCAGCUUAUCAAAGCUUUUUAACAAAGAGGAGGUUUCCCUCUACCUAGGUCAAAUUGACAUAUUAAUGAGAAAUGAAGAACACCACCCAAACAUCAUGAAAAUACCUCAACUUUACAUUAAACACAAACUCACGCACAAAGCAUUCAAUUAAUACAAUCUAUUACCUACAAUAAGCUAGGUUCAUAAUACCCAAGUGAAGAGAACACUACUCCAUGGCUAGGCAGGGGAAAACAACAAAGAAGAGAGAAAGAACCAUGGUGGAUGCUUGUCUUCCCUUCUUGUUGAUGAGAACUUUCUUGAGAGGUAAGAAUCUUCACUCCUCUAGCUUGAAGUAAGCCCAAAUCCUCUUCUUCUCUUCUUGUUGGUCACUUUCUCUCUCUAGAAUAUAAAGAAGAGGACCAUUUUCUCACUAGGGAUUCUCCCUUGGGGUUUCUUCAGCUGGAACCCGAGAAGGAAACCCAGAAAAUCUCAAACCAACCCAAGAUCCAACCUCCUUUCUCUUUCAACUCACUUCCCCUUUCAUACCCAAAUCGACGGUUGUUCACGGUCUCAGUUCACAAAUGUGAACUCAAAACUUGGACCGUGAACUUGGACAAACACGCAACGUUCACUCCAGCUCUUCACAGUUUGGAGCUGGAUAUCACGGUUGGGUGACCGUGAUGUCAUUUAGGCUCGCGAGAUGGAAACACCUUCUUGGUCGCCUUGCACUUCAUGGUCUUCAUGCAAUUGUCACGGUCGCCAGACCGUGAUGUUGGACUUUUCUUCACAUUUUGGCACUUUUCGACCUUCAAUCGUCUCGAAACUUGUCCUUGACCUUCUCACACGUGCUAGCACCUGAAACAUAGCAAAACAAGCACAACCUAGUGUACAAUAGGUCGAGAGACUAUGAAAUGAAAAGAAAACCUAUCAAGAAAUGAGGAGUAAAAUA